AUGGUCGAUUCAGAAAAAUUUGAAGAAGAAAAAUCUUCAAAUAGUCACAGUAACCAAACCGUAGAGGAGAAUCAAUCAACUGAUUCUUCUCAAAAUAUGCUUGAGUCUUCUACUUCUUCAAAUAAGAAUCCUUAUAUUAAAAUUAAGAAUAGCAGAAAUGUUGAAGAAACCAUUAACGAUCUUGUUAGUGGUAGUGUCCAAGUUGAAGAUUUCCCAUAUAUUCAAGUCUGUAUUAUCGAUGAUAUAAUCUUCUCUUCAGAUUAUCGUUGA